AGUUUAUUUCUUUUCAAGUAUUUUCAAUGGUUUUUCAUUACUUAGAAAUAGUUUUUCGAAUACAUACAGUGGUUGACUUCAAGAUUAGUGUCAAAUCGUGAGUAAAAACCUGGAAAUUGAACUUUUUGAGGUCAAAAUUGUUUUCUAACCUACCUGAAAGCAAUGGAGAAAGACGGUAUUUGAUGCAUUUAAUCUUGCUUAAUGAACUUUGACCACCCUGCUUUAAACGUAAAGAUCUGAAAUUUCUCUCAUAGAACUGUCACUAAUAAGAAACAAACUUCUGAAUUGGGACUACACAGAGGAGUGCUCAAUCCUCUGCGGUUCCCCGUUUCAUCUAGAACUUCAACCGUUGCACGGUUGCUUAGCUGUAGCAACUAGUGGUCACUACUUAUCGGCAGCAUUGAUCAAUGAUACUGUUGUUGAUCUGAGCAGCGUAUCAUCAACGGAGUCAUCCUCUGUGAAAUUCUCACCCUUGCUGUUAUCUCGGCGUUGAGUGGAGCCUUUUGAUAGAUCUACGUGUACCGUUGUGAGAGUGACUGACAGUUAUCAUCGCUAAUCUCAAAAAUAAAAAGAUAAUAAACUGAGUGGACUCAAUGAAUGGAAUCUUAUCACUUUUCCUUAACAAUUAAAACUGUAUUUCUCUUUGAUUUCCAACUUGAAUGUAUUUCUUUCAUUUCUCAUGCUUAAGAAUAUUGUUGUUUUAUUCCUAUAACUCAUACAGUGUGACUAGAGAGAAAUUAUAAGAUGUCUUUUUCUCUUUAUAAAACAACUAGAAAUAACGAUGCUAUUUAUUAUGAUAAGAAUUGUUAUAGAAAGAGUCAUUCCUUGUCCUCGGGCGAUAUUGUUUGGAGAUGUGUCCAUAAAGGCUGCUCUAGUACCAUCACUACUGACAAGUCAUUAAAAAAUUUUAAAUCAUCUGCAAACAGUCAUGUCAAACAUGCUACACAAACUCCCCCACAACUUUGUAAAAAUUCUUUAUCAAAAUCAGUAACAAUUGACACUGCUGAAAAAACGACUAAUAGAGUUAUUACAUGUAGGAUGUCACGUUUGUCUGUAGAUUCAAGUUUAAAAAAUAUAAGAAAGGCACUCUCUUUUGAUGUAAGUAGUCAGACUGACCCCCUUUUUCUACAGGACAAGGAUGUUCUCAUUGAACGUAUUAAUGAACUUCUUGGUUAUCAGGAUGCACUUAUAGCAGAAAUUCAAUCUCUUAAACAUCCUGAAUGUGUGCCAUCACAUUCACCUACUACUCAAUGUGUUGCCAUACAGACCGAAAGUUUGUCAACUGAUUCUGAUGAUCAGCACUAUGCUAUUGCAAACAGUAAUUUUAUCUCACUCAAUAAAACCAAGGAUAAAUUGUAUAAGGAAAUUAUAAACUUGGAGCAUGAUAUAGCUGAAAAUAGAAGUAUAAUUAGUUCAUUGGAAUUGGAAAGGGAAAAUCUUGCUAAUAUAAUAUCAAAAGUAAGCCAAGAAGUUGAAUUAGUAGGAAAAUUAGUAGUGAGUGAGGACUGCAGUGAGUCAUUGGGUCAAACAAGUGAAUCUAAAAUAAGGAAUAUUAUAGAACAUGUAAGGGGGAAAAUUAUUAUAUUCUCUGAUAGUCAAGGUCGUGAUCUGGCAUCCUAUCUACAAAAUAGAAUACCACAUUCAUAUAGUGUCUCAAGCUUUGUAUACCCUGGUGCUGGUAUGUGUCAAAUAUUAGAUAGAAUUUUUAAUUGUAAAGAGGUACAGCUUAUGAAUAAAGAAGAUUAUUUAAUUAUAUUAGGUGGUACAAAUGACAUAAAUGACUCAGCUAAUGAAAAGGACACUAUUAUAUUCAGAUUGGCAGUUGAGAGUUUACUGCGUCAGACAAGACAUACUAACGUGAUAAUAGGGACUGUGCCUUACAGAUAUGAUAUGCCGGCUGCCUCACCCAUAAAUUGCAUGAUAAAGGUGAUUAAUGGUCUCCUGAAAAAAAUUGUCUCCGGAUUUGUUACCUUGUUGAACACAUGGGAUCUCACUGCAAAAGAACACACAAGUCAUGGUUUACACAUCAAUAAAAAAGGGAAAAUUAAAAUAGCUAGGAGGCUUGAUGCUAUUAUUAGGGAUUCCCUGGAUAGGAAAAAAGCCACUUCUAGUAGUAAUCUUUAUGAGUCCAUGAUUAUUGAGCUCACAACUGGGCCAUGUUUGGAGGGCAGUACUUCGUUGAUUGGGGGAGAGGUUGAUGCUGUAGUACCGGCUACAGGCGAACCAGAUGUAGCAUUAAAUUUAAACUAAUAGCUCCAGACAAUGAAGUUGAACAAAGCUUCAGCCUACAUGCAGAGGUAACUGGCUCUCUAAUACCUAUAAUUUCGAACUCCAUUAGAAAACCUAAACCUCCCAGAAGUAUAAUGAUUGCUCAUUCAAACCUCAUUGAUAUACCUAUAACAGCCAUGGACAAGCACAGAGGGGGAUCAAUUGAACAUCAUGAAAC